AUGGAGAGAAUGAAUUCAUUGGCACCAUCAACUUGCAUAAACCAUCAGACGGAUUGUGAUGUUGAGAGUGAGACUGUUUCGGAGGCAGGAGAUAUUGGGGAUCGAACCCUUCAUACCUCUUCAGAUUUCACACCUGAAAAUGGAGUUGUUUCUAUUCCAGGCGAUCAAAAGUUGCAGCCAAGUCCUGUGGCAUUAAGUUCUAUCUCCAUUGGAAAGCCAUCAGCACAAUUAGUGACCUCUCGUUACAGUAAUGGAAAAGGGGGUCCUGAACACAUAAAGGAACACGAUAAGGGGUUACCAAAUAUACUGGAUUAUGUUUCAUGCAUGAUUCAUUUAGCUGCUUUUGGAAUUCUUGGGGUCCUCACAAGAUACUUGCUGCAAAAGUUGUUUGGCCCCGAUGGAGCUGGUGUGACAAGUGACCACACUAUUCUUUACCUGGAUCUGCCUUCCAAUAUGGUCGGUUCUUUUUUGAUGGGAUGGUUUGGCGUAGUAUUCAAGGGGCACAUAUCCCGUGUGUCAGAGCAUCUCACAAUUGCAAUAACAACUGGUUAUUUAGGGAGCCUUACGACCUUUAGUGGUUGGAACCAGAAAAUGGUUGAACUUAGUGUUGCUGGACACUGGCUAUUCUCCGUGCUUGGUUUUAUAAUAGGCUUGUUCCUUGUUGGUUUUUCCAUCAUAUUUGGAAUUGAGACAGCCAAGGGGUUCAAGUGGCUUAUCAGCAGGCUAAAGAUGAGAUCAAGAACUGGCUCUUGUAAUGCUGAGAUAAGCAGAAAAGUGCACAGUUACAAGCGACAGUUGGCAGUUAUGGCAGUGUGCUUGGUGAUGUUAGGCUUCUUGUGGGGUCUAAGUAGUACGUUGGUGAGGUCCGAGUUCAAGCAUGGACACAGUGGGGCUGAACCAUGGCUGGCAUGCCUGGUCGGUCCUUUAGGUGUGUGGAUUAGGUGGUUCUUAGCUCGACUCAAUGGGCGUGGCGUGGGGAGGGCAAGGCUGCUGAUAUGGAUUCCAUUUGGGACUCUGAUUGCCAAUGUUUCUGCCGCUUGUGUAAUGUCUGCACUCGCUACUGUAAAGAAAUCAGCGAACACCUGGAAAUGUGACACUAUUGUGACAGGCAUUCAGUUUGGGCUGUUGGGUUGUCUGAGCACUGUCUCAACCUUUGCUUCUGAGUUCAACGCCAUGAGAGAAAGCAUGCAGCCUUGGAGAGCAUAUGCCUAUGCUAUGAUUACCAUAUGCGUCUCCUUCUGUUUUGGGAUCUUAAUAUUCUGCAUGCCUGUGUGGCAAAUGUCGUUGGCGUAA